AUGGCACUUAGGUCAAAGGCAGAUGUGUGGCUGGCAGGGUCCUGGAAGUGUCUGCACAGGACCAGGGCACUGGGCACCACAGCAGUGCUGGCCCCCAAAGAGGUGCUUCCCUUUGAAGCCAUACCCCAGGUGCCAGGCCACAAGUGGCUGAGGAUGCUGCAGACCUGGAAAGAGCAGCGCAAUGAGAACCUGCACCUGGAGAUGCACCAGACCUUCCAGGAGCUGGGGCCCAUUUUCAGGUACAGCAUGGGAAGAACUGAAGUUGUAUCUGUGAUGCUGCCAGAGGAUGCUGAGAAGCUACACCAGGUGGAAAGCAUGCACCCCCACCGGAUGCACCUGGAGCCCUGGGUGGCCCACAGAGAGCUCCGCGGCCAGAGAUGUGGCGUGUUCCUACUGAAUGGCCCUGAGUGGCGCUUUAACAGAUUGAAGCUGAACCCCAACGUGCUGUCACCAAAGGCGGUUCACAAGUUCAUCCCCAUGGUGGACGUGGUGGCAAGGGACUUCUCGGAUACCCUGAGGAAGAAGGUGUGCCAGAAUGUUCGCGGGAGCCUCACCCUGGACCUCCAGUCCAGCAUCUUCCACUACACCAUAGAAGCCAGCAACUUUGCUCUUUUUGGAGAACGGCUGGGCCUCUUUGGCCAUAACCUGAGCUCUGACAGCUUGAAGUUCAUCCAGGCUUUGAAGUCCAUGUUCAAGUCCACAGCGCAGCUCAUGCUCCUGCCCAAGAGCCUGACCCAGUGGACCAACACCCAGGUGUGGAAAGAACACUUUCAGGCCUGGGAUGACAUCUCUGAAUAUGCCAACAAGUGCAUCUGGAAGGUGUAUCAGGAGCUCACCCUGGGCCACCACCAGCAAUACAGCGGUAUCAUGGCAGAUAUACUGUUGCAGGGAGAUUUGUCACUGGAUGCCAUCAAGGCCAACUCUCUAGAGCUCACUGCUGGGAGCGUGGAUACGACAUCCUUCCCCUUGAUGAUGACCCUCUUUGAGCUGGCUCGGAACCCUGACAUCCAGGAGGCCCUGCGGCAGGAGAGCCUGGCAGCUGAGGCCACCAUCGCUGCAAACCCCCAGAGAGCCACCACGGACCUGCCUCUGCUGAGAGCGGCUCUCAAGGAGACCUUGAGGCUCUACCCAGUGGGUUUAUUUCUGGAUAGAAUUCCAAGCUCAGACUUGGUGCUUCAGAACUACCACAUCCCAGCUGGGACAGUGGUCCAGUUUUACCUGUACUCCCUGGGCCGAAACCCGGACGUGUUCCCAAGGCCUGAGCGCUAUGAGCCCCAGCGCUGGCUGGACGGGAGACUGAGGUUCCAGCACCUGGCCUUCGGCUUUGGGAUGCGCCAGUGCCUGGGGAGACGCCUGGCAGAGGUGGAGGUUCUGCUCCUGCUGCAUCACGUGCUGAAAUCCUUCCGGGUGAAGACUUUACAGCGAGAGGACGUGCAGAUCAUCUACCGCUUCGUCUUGAUGCCUGCAGACUUUCCCCUCCUCACGUUCCAGCUUGCAGAUAGUCACGCCCCCCACUGA